CCGGCUGGCAGUCAGCUGGCCUUCUCCUUGGUGGCUCGAGGGCGACCUUGAGAGGCAGAUAAUGUGGAGAGAAUAUUCCUUCCCGCCGGAGAUGGAAUGGAUGUCCAGCAUCGUCCAGGUGAAGAGCGCCCCUCACAACCGAGCUCAGUUGGAGAUGCUGGUGACAGGCGAGGCUUCCUUAGCCAUGGAGGAGAUGUCCCCUGAGACUAUCAUUUCCCACGUCAUGACUCUCAUUCGCGCUGUUAACCGCCCGUAUUCCGUUCCUCUGCCUUCUUUCUUCCAUAGAUCGCAGUGGAACAAGAACCCAUGGGCUCGGAGUUCGUACCACUCUUACAUGACGAUGGCCGGCGUGAAACUGAGACUGAGAGACCGCAGUGUGUUGUGCCCGCGCCUUUCCAGUUCGAGUGGGAGGAAGUCCGUUUUCUUUGCCGGAGAACACACCUCUACGGAUCGCUUUGGGACGGUCGAUGGCUCUUUUCUCUCUGGUGUAAGGGCAGCCAAGUGGGUUAUGGAUGAACUCGUUGCUCAGAGUUUGAAACCUUUUGAGAGCGAGGAGGUAAGAUUUACCGUUCCCGACGCCAAAAACCAAAACAUGAACUUCUUCGACCUCUUCCUCAAUCCCAAAAACUACUACCAAGUCGUCAAGGUUAAAACUAAGAGCAGGGAAAGUGAGGAAGUGAUGUCAAGGAGGAGGAAGCAACCAGUCAGUCAGUCACGAGAUGUUGGGACAGUGCCGAGAGGCCAGUUAGGUGGAGACAGGCAACAGGAAACAUACAUUAUCCAGACUAAAGAUGGCCGUCGCAUUCCAGUUGUCUUUUCUAGCAACAAUGGCGGACAAGUAUCAAUGGCCUUGUCUGGCAACAGUGGCGAUCAAGUACCGGUUGUCCUCUCUGGGAACAAUGGCGACCAAGUACCUGUUGUUGUGGAGAGAGAAGACGGACAGAAAGUUGCUUACGUUAUUGCUGAUAAUAACGGGCAGCAAACUCUUUAUGGCAUCCCCCCUGGUAACGGCGCACAGGUUCAAUAUGUUAUGGCUCCGACCGAUGGACCAGAUGGCCAGCAGAAAGUGUAUAUCAUGUCUGAUGACAAUAACCAACAUGUUCCUUUAGUUGUUUCUCCAGACAAUAAUCAACAUGGUCCUUUAGUUUCUCUAGACAACAAUCAGCAAGUUCCUCAUGUUGUAACCACCGAUGAUGGCCAGCAGGUUGCAUAUGUUCUGUCCACUAAGAAUGGGCAGCAAAUCCCUCUUGUUUUAUCAAAUGACAAUAAUCAAGAAGGCCCGUAUGGCUUGCCGAUCCACAAACGUCCCUAUCCCUUAGCUGUAGAAAAUGGGCCGAAGGUUACUUUUGUUGUGUCUGCAAAGGAUAGUCGCGAAACUCAUCAUGACUCGUCAAGGGAGAAUUCUCAAUUGGAAGUUCUCAGAAACGUUAUGAAUCCAGAAGUGACAACCAAAUUUACAGUACCGGUAUUCGCUUCUUCAGAGGAUGACUCCAUUUCCCCUUUGGGUAACAAGGAAGAAAUUGCGAUCGUUUAUGUUGAUAGCGAGGGGAAAAGGAUUACGAAUAUCCCAAUGAAGUUGUCCUCCAUGGUAGAAGAUAUGGUGCAAGAGAGCUUGGAAACAACCCUGAAGGAGAAGAAGAAUCAAGAAAAUGCCACAUCCCCCUCCACUGUGGAAGAGGAAGGAAGCCAGGAUGAAGAUAGAUUAUCUAUACAAGAUACGAGUUUUGAAGAUGUCUCUAUAGGUGGACGACUAAGAAACAGAAACAGGAAGAGGAACAGGAAUAAAGGAAUUAGAAACAGAAACAGAAAUAGGAAAAAAGACAAGCCGAACAGUCAAGAAGAUGAGAACAAGCCACUCAGCAACAGGAGUGAAGUACAAAACGAGCAGACCCCACCACAACACAUAACAUACAAUUCACCUCUUCACUUCCCACUGCCACUACCAACUUCUUAUUUUCCAUACCUAAGCUCAUCGGCUCCCACAACAGAGGCAACCACUGCUCAUCCUCCUAAAAUUAAUUCAGCUGUUCCUGGUGCCCACAUGACCUACUAUGCAAACAACCGGAUGUCAGUCAUCAUGGAACCAGACUUAUCACAGACACAUGACAUGUAUGACUUUCAAGGUAGUCAGUCAUAUCCACAGUAUGCAAUGAAAGUCAAUGCACCUGGCCUAGAGAUGCCCAGUUACCUUUCUUCCCAUUCACAGCCACCUCCUAAACUCACCACCAACUUCUAUCAUCAAUUCCCAGAAACCCAAACACCUCCCUCAGUCUGGCAAAGGCCAAAUGUGAACUCGCCUCUGCAUUCACAAGGACACAUUCCCAGCCCAGAUAUAUCAAGAGGAGGUAGUCUUCACCUUGCAGAUCACAUGUCACAUGGUGAUUCUUCAUAUAAUGGAGCUGUGAAUAAUCCUAGCUGGACCCAGACUUACAAUCAACACCCCAGGUAUAAUUUGUUUUCUUCCACUACCGAGCCAUAUUAUACUGUGAUUUCAUCUACACGUCGAAGCCCACAUAUGCCACCCAUUCAUCAGCCAGAAAAUCCAACUCCAUUUGAUGCGACACAAACCCUAUCAACACAGAUAAAAAAUCUGCAGCAAAGUCAGUACUAUUCUUCAAGUACUCACCCAUUUGCAGACCAUAAUUAUAACAGAGGUGGCACUGCCAUUGAAGCUCCCAAUGGACCUUAUGCUUCAUACCCACGGAGGACUCCAAACAAAGAUCCCAUUGGACCAUAUGAUUCAUACCCAAGUACUUCUACAAACAGAGCUCCUGCUAAAUCCUAUGCUUCAUAUCCAGUUUCAAGCCAGCAUUCUCUGGACUAUGAUUCUUUACCACCAAAUCGACAGGCACUUCUGGAGUACUAUAAUAUAAGGCCUGGACCGAAUGGACAGGUGCACAUGAACAUCAAUAUGCCACCUCUUCUUAACAGGGAUCAGUCAUCAGUCUAUGCCAUCUUGGAUGAUGGUAUAGAUCCAAAGACUUUGAUGACAGAAAAUAGGCACAGGCCACAGAAAAAUAACAGAAACAGAAUGCAGGAUAGAAUGGGCAGUUAUGAAUAUGAAGAUUCCAUCGAAGAAUUACUUGGAUCCACACAUGAUGUAAACCGAACAAUAAGUUUUGAAGCUCUUUCCCCAAACAGUAAAAAUACCAGUGAUCAACAGCAACAGCAGUAUACAAGUAUUGCAUAUGAAACUGGUUCACAAGAAGAGUUGCAAGGAAAUUCUGAUGAGUUUGCAAAUGUAAAGACAAACUCUGAGGAGCUUGUAAUAAGUUCUGAACAAUUUAAUUCAAAUGAAGUGAGGGCAAACUCUACAACACUGAAAAACAGCUCAAAAGAAAAAACUAAAUAUGAAGAUCCAAAGGCAAACUCUGAGGAAAUAAUUAGAAAGUCUGAAGAAAUAGAAGCAAAAAUAAGUUCAGAGGCAAACUCUGGGGAAAUUAACAUAAAUUCUGGAGAAUCUGAAUCAAAAUUAAGCUCAAAUGCAAACUCUGAGGAUCUUAUUGUAAAUUCCAAGGAAGUAGGAGUGGACUCUGAACAGAACUAUUCAGGACGAGUACGUGAUGAAAGUAGCAGUGAGGAUAACAACAAAAGAGAGGACACUGAAAAAUAUUAUUCCAAUAAUGGGAUGCCAAUGCACCCUGGUUUCCUGUCUGCAGUAUCUGCUAUGCAAUAUACUCCAGUCAUAUUACAACCCAUGUCAUUUUUCAAUCCAAUGAUGCAAGGUAUGAAUCCUUUCCCUCCUACGAGAACAGAUAUGUCUUCACCUUACCAGAGCCAUUCAUCACGAAAAAGGCUUCAGAGCAGUGAAAAAGAAGAAGAUCGUUCCUUCCGACUGCAAAAAAUAUUAUUGACUACAUUGCAGCCUGAGGAAAAGUUGCAAGUUGUUACAGAGUCUGUAGAUUCCAAGGAUCAACUUGAAUCCAUUAAUUCCUCACCUUCCCUUGAUGAAGACCAGGCAAGUUCUGAAAUACAAUCCAUGGAGGAGUUUCUCCAUGAAAUAUCAGUUGAAAUUAUUUCGGGAAUGCAGAACAGUACGGGAAAUGGUGAACGAAAGAGAUCAAGGAAGAAUAAAAGGAAGAGAAACAGAGCUGAAAAUGAUAGAGACCUUAGCAUUGAGAUGCUGACUGAAGCUUUGGAAAGUCCAAAAACUGAUGUUUUUACCAGCCAGAGAUUAGAAAAUCAAGAGUGGAGUGCAUCAGACAGUGUUACUGAAAGUCAUGAAGCAAGUACUGCCCAAACAACAGCUGCUCCAGAGCUUCAUGACCAUACUGCAAGUUAUGAAAAUUAUGAUUUAGAUACAACCGAAAUCUCCAUUUUGAAUACAUGGCUGCCCGAGAGUGAGGGUUUAGCCCAAGAUAAUGAAGAAACAUCUGAGUCAUGGUUCUCGUGGUAUAUGAAUUAUUAAAGUCUUAAGCAGCUGAUUAGUUACAUUAAUGAACUGGUCACAUGUCAUUAAGAGACAGCAAUUCAUAGAAAAUUAGGAAAGAAACCUGACUUAUCUGGUGGUCUCUUUGGGCAUGGAAAUGGAAAUCAAGGUAGGAUACAGUCAUAUAACCAAGUUCUAAUUUCUAAUUUGCCUUCAAUUAGUUUUGAGAGUACAUAGCUGUGGAACCUUGUUUUAAUAUUGCACCCAGAAUGCUUAUUAGAGAAAUAGGUACCCAGUGGCAUCAAGCUUAAUGAAAAAUUCCUAAUAGUGAGAGCUCCUUGGUUGUAGGUAAUGAAGCACCAAGAGUACUUUGCCAAUUUUAACAUCAAUAUUUCUAAAAGCAUUUACUGAUUUAUUUGGAAGUUUAAUACCUUUUAGAUUCUUUUCUGUUUACAUGAAGCUAAAAAAAAUAUCAGUUUGAAUGCUGACACUUUUGCAUAACAUUGUAUUUUGUACAUACUAUUUAUUUCUAAUUUAUUAUUGUUGGCUAUUUAUAAUAAGUACUUAACAGUUACCACAACAAAAGAAACAUAUGAUCAAGACAGAUGUACUACGUAACAGUUGCAAAGAAUUUUUUUUUUCUAUCUUGAACUUAUCUAUGAGUUUUCAAUUCACUCAUCUCAAACUUUGAUCCUGUUAAGGCCAAUGGUCUAAUGUGUUAAUUUAUGUAAUGUUAACUUCAUAUUAACCUGUUCAAGGCAAAAGUGCAUGUAUGACUGCACUUUCCCCUAUGGUUUAGUUUUAUUUAUUUUGUUAACACUAGAAUGGUUACAGAAACAUUUAGUCACCAGAGAGUUAAUUACUGGGCCACCUGAAUCUCACAAAUUAUUCCAUUCCUUAUAUUUUCAGGAAAGGAAAUUUAUUUGUUUUUAAUAUUAAUAAAAUUAAAAACUUAUUUCACAAAGAAUCCUAGGAAUGCAUUUAUUUGGGAAGAUCAAGUAGGCCUAGUAAUUGACUCCUUGGUGACAACACUUUAGAAGCCAUGUGUGUGAACGAUAUUAGUAAAGCAAGACCACAGUGAACACCACAUGUACCCACUGCCAAUUGGCUAAUGUUGGCAUCCACAUGUUGAAUCUUUAUGUGGCAUUUUGAAUUGUAUUCAAUUCACAUUAUCUAUUUCUGCUUCAAUUUUCAUCAUUGCAAGCAAUUAAGAUGUGCAUUAGAAUUAGAGAUGUGCCAGUGGUAGUAUGAUCAAUAUUAGCUAUAUAUUCUACUAUUGGCACUGGUGUCGAUUGUGAAAUUCAGCCUGAGAUUGAAAAUUGUUCACUGUAUAAUAAGACUAGUGUCUUUUUUGGUCUUUUUGAUAAAAAUUAUACAUAAACAGGGAUUAUAAACUUUUCUCUUACUACUUUAACACAAUUCUUACUUUAUUUCAAUAUUCUUAACAGUUAAUUUCACAUAUGAAAAGUUGUCUCCAUCUUUGCCAAAUGCUAAUUAUUAAGAUAAAGACAGAAAUAAAUGUACCAGUAUUUGUAAGUUUUCUAGUAAUGGGAUAAUCAUCGGCACUUCUCUAAUUGUAAUUAGUUGAUAAGUUACAGCAUCCUCAUCCUCAUCAUCUUUUCCCCAUUGGCUCAUCCUGUUUUCAGUUUUUGCAUUACUUUCCUGUGUAUCAAACUUUUUGUCUUAACAUUUCUUUCAAAGAGUAACACUACAUAUUCAAGUUUCUAGUUUGUAGUGUUUUAGAAAACUUUCCCAGUCAUGAAAUUCAUUUAACAUUUUCAUGUACAUCUAUAAAUGUGUAUGUUAGGGUGAUAAAAUCCGAAAUCUUGGCAUUAUGAAUUCUAGCAUUGUGUAUAAAUACUAUAUACCAUCAAAGUCUUUUAUUAUGUAUAUCCUGACCUGACUGUAAUGUGUAGGCUUGACCAAAGACAGCAUUGAUUACUAUGUAGGAUAUCCUCUAGUGGCAGGAGGAAGUAGAAGAGAAACAAGAAAAAAUGUAUUAAAAUAGUUGUCACCGAGGGAGGUGAAAGAUAGGAAGAUACAAGGAAGAGAAAUUUGGAGAAUAGAAAAAGAAUUACAUUUUCAAAAUGAAACAUUUAAAGGCUUACAUUUCACAUGGAAAAUGCAAAGAAAAUUUUGAACAAGUAACUGGAAGCAAUCACAAAGAGCUACACAUGAAGAAGUAAUCUGAAAUGUAUUUCAAUGUGUUUAAGUAAUGUUUUAAAAGUAUUUCACUGCUCCAAAAUUUAUUUCUUGCAUAAAAAUGAUCUGUUUUACAUUUUUAUUCUAGCAUAGGGUUAAAAGAAAAAAAAUUGACAACCAAGGGAAGUCACAUAUAUUUUGGGAGAGAAGAGGGAAACUUGUAGAUUUUUUUUUUUUGUUUUAAGAAAAAAAAGUUGAUACAAGAAGAAAAUCUAACCAAAACAAUAAAUCAAUACCUGAUGAUGAAACAAAAUAAGAAAGUCUCUGUAACAAUAUUUUACCAACAAGAAAAACAUAUUGAACAAUGUAAAAGGUGGAAUCCCCCCCCCC